AUGCUCGCUAAAUCGCAUUUAGCUGCUUCUAUCUUUGUUCUGCUUUCCGUCUUUUUCAAGGCGGUUGCUGCACAGGAUUGGUACACAGUGGAAUGGGACGCUACUGAGUUCGUCUCCAUGUCCGGAGACAUGAUUGUUCCCGACUUACCUACGCCGGGAGGUACACCCUACGUUUGGCCUGGUGUGCAAAGUGGCAAUGGAGUUCUGCAAGCUGUACUCGAUGGAUCUAGCGGUGUUUGGUGGAUCGGUGAUGGUUUUUACGGCACACCUUCCUUAGCAUGGGGAAAUGGGUUCAAUGUCAACCCCGGUGACACCGUUCAUUUUACCUUUAGCUCUUCCGGAACGACGUGGACCUGCACUUUAUCCAGCGGAAGUCUGAGCGCUUCCACUACUUUGGACAUCACAGGAAACACCAUGAACCGCGCUAUCUUUGCAGUAGAGCUGUACGAUGUAGAUUUCAAUUUCGGACCCAUCACCUACAAAAACAUCGAAAUUACGGCUACUACAGCUGCUUCUGCUUGGUGCGGUUCUAUCCCUCAUUUGGGGACGUAUCCAUACACAGUUACUGGAAAUGUGGCAUCUGGUAAUACUUGCACCGUCUCUGAAAUUGUUCAGAGCAGUGCUGAUUGA